GUAGAUUAUGUAGUAUAAUGUGUUUAAUACAUAUUUCCAACAACUGAUAUAUGUUCAAUUGUUUACGGAUUCUCUAGCACUUUCCUGAUUUGUAUUGAUUGUUUGGAGUUAUCGGUUCGCAUUCAGACCUACACGUUUGCUACAAUGCCAGUACACGCGAGGGAAAAGAAAGAGAACAACCAUGAAGAGAUGGAGGUGGAUUAUCCGGAGCAGGAGGGUAGCAGUACGGACGAAGAGGACUCGGAGACUUCAUCAGUGACAGAGGAUGGAGACAGCUCGGAGAUGGACGAUGAAGACUGCGAGCGCAGAAGAGUGGAAUGCCUUGAUGAGAUGACCACUCUCGAGAAGCAGUUCGGUGACCUCAAAGACCAGUUAUACAAGGAACGGUUGAAUCAAGUGGAUGCUAAACUACAGGAGGUCUUGUCGGGCAAAGCUCCUGAAUACCUUGAGCCACUCGCUGCUUUGCAAGAGAACAUGCAGAUCAGAAUAAAAGUUGCAGGGAUAUACAAGGAGCUGUGUUUGGACUCUGUGAAGAAUAAGUAUGAGUGUGAAACGCAAGCUGCCUACCAGCACUGGGAGAGCGAGAAGCUCCUGCUGUUGGACACGGUGCAGAGUGAGCUGGAGGAGAAGAUCCGCCGUCUGGAGGAAGACAGACACAGCAUCGACAUCACCUCAGAGCUGUGGAAUGAUGAGCUCCAGUCCAGGAGGAGUAAGAGGAGAGACCCUUUCAGCCCAGACAAGAAGAGGAAGCCUGUGGUCGUCUCUGGGCCAUAUAUUGUGUACAUGCUACAAGAUUUAGACAUUCUGGAGGACUGGACAGCAAUCAGAAAGGCUAUGGUUACACUUGGACCACACAGAGUCAAGGCAGAUGUAGUUCCACUGGUCAAGCCUGAGAAGCAGCAUCAUCCGCAGCAGCACCACACAGCGAGGUCAGAGGACGGGCGUUUGUAUUACGACGGGGAGUGGUACGGCCGAGGCCAGAGCAUAUGCAUCGAUAAGAAGGACGAGUAUCCCACAAGUGCCAUAAUCACCACGAUUAACCACGACGAGGUAUGGUUCAAGCGUCUGGAUGGCAGCAAGUCCAAGCUGUACAUUUCCCAGUUACAGAAAGGCCGAUACACCAUCAAACACUCAUAGAUGUCCAAGGAUUUUUUUGACCCUGCUAUCUCUCUACCUUACUGCCAUCUUGCAUGCCAGCCUGUAAGACCUCUUUCAUAAAGGACUGCCAAACAGCGUUUUCAUUGCAGUCCUUUCUACGUCCAGCCUAUCAUGUAUUGUAACUUUAGUGGGUUUAUUGCGGGGACUUUUAUGUAUGUUUUCAUUCAAGAGCUAAAUGGGGAGGGGUUGGGAAUACUGCCAGAAAAUAAUGAUUUUUUUUUUGUAUUGAACAAUAUAGGGAACAAAAGUAUGUUUGUUUGUUUGUUUGUUUGUUUGUGUGUGUGUGUGUCUUCUGCGAGGGAGAGUAUGGAUGGUUCAGAUGUAUGCAUGCUCCAUAGCACUGUAAGGUUUUUGCACAUGUUUACUUUAACAGUUUACAGCAAAAACUACCACAAACCAUGAUGGGCAUAUGAAUACGUUUGAUGUAUUUGUAUAGCUCUGUAUUUCCGUAUUUGUCAUGAAUUCUCCCUGGUACGUUUGUGUGUAUGUGUAUUUGUAUGAGUUAAUUUGUGUGGCCAUAUAUGAACAGAACCCCCCCCUAUCCCACUACUUUCACCUCAUCUGCAUAUUUUAAAUUGUAUCAUUUCCAUAGCCUCUGUCUGACAUAUACAAGUGUGAAUCCACAUCAAGUAUUACAAAACUUGAAUACAAAUUAGAUAUGUUGUUUGCAUACUGUAUAGAAGUGCUAACUGCCUUAAACUGAUGCAUUUUUAAAUAUUAGGGCCAGAUAUUGUCAUUUCUAGUCUAGAAAUUGCCAAGGAGAAAUGUCUCCCUCCUCUGUUCAAUUCUGUACGCAAAUGUACAUGUGUAUUUUACUAUUUUGUGCUAGCCUUUCACUUUAUUUUCCUGCCAGAUAUACCUCUUUAUCUUGUACUUUUAUUAGAGUUAAUUGUGUAGCUACAUUUUUUUGUUUAUCAGUAUGUCAGAUGUUUCCUUUGACUGUAUGUUCACGGUAAGACAAUUAUUUCUCCUUGUAAAAGUGGGAAAUAAAGCCCGAUUUGAGAAGAGAGAAAAAAACAA